GUUGACAUCCACGAUUCUUCUGGUGUGUCCUACGGCGCGCGUGGUGCUCGUGGGCCGUGGCCUCGUGCUACGACUCCAUUGCCAUGGCAAACAUAGCACAGCAACAGUUCAUGCGCGAGCUGACGGCUCCACGAGCAUGGAUGCUCCUGCUCCUCCCAGUCUUCCUCUUGCUUGUGCGCUUCUCGUUGAGUGCCAAGAGAUCGAGGAAGAUCAGGCAGCAGCAAAAUGACCACGUACCGCCUUCGCCUCCGGCGCUGCCGGUCCUCGGGCACCUCCACCUCGUCGGCUCGCUCCCGCACGUCUCCCUCCAGAACCUCGCCAGGAAGCAUGGUAUGGACCUCAUGCUCCUCCGCCUCGCCGCCAUGCCGGUCGUCGUCGUCUCGUCGCCGCGCGCCGCCGAGGCGGUGCUGCGCACACACGACCACGUGUUCGCGUCCCGACCGCUCUCCCUCGUCGCCGACGUCGUCAUGUACGGCACGACCGACAUCGGCUGCGCGCCGUACGGGGACUACUGGCGGAAGACGAGGAAGCUCAUCACCACGCACCUCCUCACCGUCAAGAGGGUGCAGCUGUUACGCCACGCCCGCGAGGAAGAGGUGAGCACGGCGAUGGCUCAGAUCGGGGAGGCGGCCGCCGCCGGCGCCGCGGUGGACGUGGGCGAUCUGCUCGGCGCGUUCACGAACGAACUGGCCUGCCGCGCCGUCAUGGGAAAGUCAUCCCGGAACGAGGACCGGAGCAAGCUGUUCCGGCAGCUCAUCGUCGACACGUCCCCGCUCCUGGGCGGCUUCCACGCCGAGGAAUUCUUCCCGUUCCUCGCCCGCUUCGGCGUGCUAAGCAAGUUGGUUCGCGCCAAGUCCGAGAGAUUGAGGAGAAGGUGGGACGAGCUGCUGGACAGGCUGAUCGAUGACCAUGAGAGCAAAAGGCACGAGUCCAAAAAUGAGGAUGACGACUUCAUACACGUCUUGCUCUCUGUUCGGCAGGAGUACGGCCUUACCAGAGAGAACAUGAAAGCUAUCCUGCUUGAUGUGUUUUUCGGGGGAAUAGACACAGCAGCUUCGGUACUGGAAUACACCGUCAUUGAGCUCAUACAGAGGCCACAAGUGAUGAGGAGACUCCAAGCCGAGGUGAGGAGCAUCGUGCCCAGCGGACAGGACAUCGUCAGCGAGGCCGACCUGAACAGCAUGGCCUACCUGAGAGCCGUCAUAAAGGAGUCGCUCCGGCUGCGCCCCGUGACGCCGCUCCUCGCGCCGCACUUCUCCAUGGCCAGCUGCAACAUCGACGGGAUGGUGGUCCCCGCCGGUGUUCGCGUUCUGAUCAACGUCUGGGCCAUCGGCAGGGACCCGCGCUUCUGGCAGGACGCGGAGGAGUUCAUCCCCGAGAGGUUCCUCGACGGCGGCAGCGCGGCGGGCGUCAGCUUCAAGGGGAACGACUUCCAGUUCCUGCCCUUCAGCGCCGGCCGCAGGCAGUGCCCCGGGAUGAACUUCGGGAUGGCCGCCGUCGAGGUCAUGCUGGCGAACCUCGUGCACCGAUUCGACUGGGAGAUGCCGCCGGGGAAGGAGGCGCGCGACAUCGACAUGACCGAGGAGUUCGGGCUGGUGGUGCACAGGAAGGAGAAGCUCCUAUUAGUUCCGAAACUAGUACGUGUGUAGCACCAUCAUUGCAACCAAGCGAUCCAACAGAUGGCCAAUGGAUGCAGGCCGGAUUCUUGGCACAGCAUGUCAGCAUGAUGACUAGUUGCGUCAGUGUAACAAUAGUUUACUUAUUUUCAUUUUUUUGGAACUGUUUACUUAUUUUCAUAGAUUGUUUCAAUUCUUGUGUCGAACACGUUUGCGCAUGCGUACUAUGAUGUCGAUUGGCUGUUGGCGCAUACCAUAGGUCACCAUUUGUAAUAAUCAGUCUUCUAAAGUAAUGAAGUUUUCUUCCUGUAUAAUUAACAUUCUGCCCA